CCUUCUUCUUCAAUGGCUCUCAACUUCUCUUGCCAUGCCGCUGUUCUCAACACCCACCUCCACUGUAAAUUGGAUGCUACUCUGAAAAAAUCCCUUGAGAAAGUUAGGGAUUUACUCAUAAAAAAUAAGGUUCCCUCGAUCACAACUUUCCCACAAAAAUCUCUUCAGAAAGGCAAUUGGGUCAAGCUAAUUUGUGGUGCUAGCUUUGAGGAUGUUGUGGAUAUUAGGAAUCUUUCUCUUGUUUACACUCUGGCUGGAGUUGACUGUAUUGACUGUGCUGCUGAUGGGGCAGUAGUGAACGCAGUGAAUGAAGGGAUCAAUGUGGCAAUGACUAUUUUGCCCCUAAGAAGGCCUUGGGUUAUGAUAAGUGUCAAUGAUGAUGAAGAUCUUCACUUCCGCAAAGCUGAAUUCGAUCCAGAUGAUUGUCCAAAGGACUGUACAAGACCAUGUGAAAAAAUAUGUCCUGCUAAUGCGAUAUUUAAGGAAGGAGUAAUAAAUGAGCGUUGCUAUGGUUGUGGACGUUGUUUUCCAGUUUGUCCGUACGAUAAAAUAAAAUCAAUGAAUUAUGUAAGAGAUGCUUCUGAAACAUCUAAACUUCUUGAGAGGGAUGAUGUUGAUGCUAUAGAGAUACAUACAAAUGGAAGGCAGACUGAUUCGUUCAAAGAGCUUUGGAGUGGUUUGGGAGAUUCUGUUAAUCAUCUAAGGCUUGUGGCAGUUAGUUUACCUUAUACUGGAGAUUCAACUGUCUCUAUGAUGACCAAAAUGUACUCAAUUUUAAAACGCGAUCUAUGUUGCUUAAAUUUAUGGCAGUUAGAUGGUCGACCAAUGAGUGGAGACAUUGGACGCGGGGCCACACGUGAAUGCAUUGCUUUUGCUCUUCGUUUGGUUUCUUCUAAAGACAAACCGCCAGGUUUUCUUCAACUCGCGGGUGGUACUAACGCGCACACGGUGGACGGGUUAAGAAAACAUAACCUCUUCCAAACCGCAACUUAUGAAAAUGCGGAAAGGUCAAUGUUGUCCAACUCAAAUGCUUUGAUUGGAGGAAUUGCUUAUGGUGGCUAUGCCCGUAAGAUUGUUGGAAGGAUUUUGAGUUGUAUGGAAUCAGAGGGUGGACUUGCUCACAUAGAGUCGUACCCAGACCUUCUGUUAAUGGCUGUUAUUGAAGCCCUUAACUUAGUAGGAGGGGUCAAAUCUUAUACUCAUAAAUUGUAAAUAACUUAACGCCAGCUCUAGAAUUGUUAGAAACUUAGUUAGCAAACAACAAUAGUAUUUCUUUUGUCUACUACC